AUGAAAGGUGUGGGUUUAGGGAGAAGGAAAUCCAGAUGGUUCAGUAUUUUGUUUAGAUCACCAUUGUAA